AUGGGAGGCGGCACAGCCGGUUGCAUGCUUGCAAACAGGCUCUCGGAGAAUGGGCGUUACCGAAUUCUUCUUUUAGAAUCUGGAGAAGACCUGAAAAGUGACCCUCGAACCAAUAUCCUAUCGUUGGGCCUGCUUCUCAUGACUACAGAUGCCAACUGGGGCUUUUCGACUGUUCCUCAGGCCAAUAUCGGAAACCGCACUAAUUCAGCAAGUGCCGGCCGUUUGCUUGGAGGAUCUAGCGCUAUCAACGGUUUCGCAUUUCUUCCGAACUCCAAAUUAAUCAUCGAUGCCUGGGCCAACCUUGGCAAUCCAGGCUGGGACCGGGAAGCUUUUUCUAGGUCUAUGGAUCGAUUUACUUUAGCCACAUCCACCACGAAUCCCGCCAAAAGCCCUCUCCAGAUCACCGUCCCAGAAGAGAAUAUAGAGUGGCCGUGUGUAUGGAGGGACACACUUGCUACGCUUGGAUUCCCGAUUGCCCAGGAUGGAUUGACUUCUGGUAACAUUCUGGGAAGCUUGAUGGGGGGAGAAACAAUUGGUCUCGACAAGAAGAGAAGCUAUUCAGCUAAGGCGUACUUGGACGAUAUAGUUCGGCCAAGAAGUAAUCUCACCAUUUGGACAAAGGUUACUGCCGAACGAAUCAUCUUCGAAAAUUCAGAUUCCCAUACUCCCAUUGCAGUUGGUGUUACGGUUCGUGAUAGUGAAACUGGGACUUUGAAGUCCGUUUUGGCAAACAAAGAAGUCAUUCUUAGUGGGGGCACAAUUAAUUCUCCGCGUUUACUUGAAUUCCAAUUGGAAUUGAAGUUAUCCAAUCCCAACGUCGGCGAGCACUUGCAAAAUCAUCCUCUUGUCACGGUUACCUUCGAAGCACGCGACGAGGAUGGAUUUGACACGAUUGACCAGUUACUGCGCAAAGAUGAAGAGGCUGUUCCAAAAUUCAAAGCGGAAUAUGCAAAAGGCCUCGGACCAGGAUCCAAGAGCAAUUUGAAUAUCCUUGCUCAACUACCAGUUUAA